AUGGCCAGCAUCGACAGAUAUCGACCGCCCCGUGAGGGCUACCAGCCUCCCCUCUCUCCCUCCGAAGCCCCCUCGCCCAUCCAGAUCUCCGUCCAAGCAACGCGACGUGCCCCCGGCAGUUCCAUCGCCUCCCGCCCAUUCCUCGCGCACAUCCUCGCUCCCGCCGCAGUCCCGACGAGGCGCACCCUCUCCAGCACACCCGUCGCCGACAACACCUCGAGCCCGCGCGAACCAGUGGCCGGCGCGAUGGUAGAGUUACCGCAGACCACAUUAUGGGUUGCUGCCGUCUUCUUCCACCGGUUCUACAUGCGCUGCAGUAUGGCAGAGGAGAAGGGCGGAAUACAUCAUUACAACAUAGCUGCGACGGCCUUGUUCCUGGCGAACAAAACCGAGGAAAACUGCCGAAAGACAAAGGACAUCAUCUAUGCCGUGGUCAAAGUUGCUCAGAAGAACCCGAGGCUCAUCGUCGAUGAGCAGAGCAAAGAGUAUUGGAAGUGGCGUGACAGCAUUUUGAUGCACGAAGAAUUGAUGCUGGAGAUGUUGACUUUCGACCUGAUGGUGGACAAUCCAUACCAGCGGCUGUACGAGUGUCUGACACAGCUCGACAUGCUUCACAACAAGCGCAUUAGGGAUGCUGCUUGGGCAUUCUGCUGCGACUCGGCUCUCACAGUCCUUCCGUUACUCAUGAACGCCACCGCGAUCGCCAUCAGUGCCAUAUUCUUCGCGACAGUCUCGUUGGAUGAGAAGAUCGAAGAUGGGAGGGACGGUGAUCCGUGGUGGCGAGUCCUGAAGGGCGACGAGGCACUCACGCAAUCAGCUAUCAGUGUGGUGAUGGACUUCUACUCGGAGAAUCCUCUUAGGAAGUCGGACUCCCGUUAUCAAGGAUCACCUAUCUUCAGCCUGGAGAACACUAGGCGAGGGCGCGAGCUUCCCAGCCAGACAGAGGCUGGAUCGAGUCACACCGGCACACCAAUGGGAACGGAUCGUGGUACACAAAGUCCACGUGCGCGGUAUCAAGGCAGGCCGGAUCGAGAAGACGAUACCAACGGCAACGCCGAUACAAGAAAGGAAAGUGGCGAGAACGGGGAUAACGAGCCGGCGGCAUCGCAACAGAAGGGCGACUCUGAUGCGAAUCUCAAGAUUGCAGCCAACGAUGUCGAUACCCACGUGGCAGGUCGAAGAACCAACGGCGUCAGCAACGGCGUCAGCAACGGCCUGAAAUCGCCAGCCUCAAAACGAAAGACUCCCGAGAUAGACCUGGACGAUCCGGACCGAGAGACGAAGCGAGCGCGGUUGUCCGAUGAGGACGAAGGAGAAGUUCCAGGCUAG